UCCUCAUUUUUCGUUAUGACAUAUAUAUUAGCUACCUCGGUUGUCUCAACACCCAGGUUUAGAAAUAAAGGUAGCAUUGAAAGAGCAAGAACAACUUCUUGUAUAUAUCCAUGGCGGACCGGAGCAACAUCGGAAACCUUGGGUUGGCGGCGACAGUCGCCGUGGUUUCAACCGGCAUCAUCCUCAUCUCCUUCCACCUCAUCCGCCGCCUCAAGGAUGAUACCAAGCUAGACAAUAUCGCGGCGCAAGAACAACAGAGCAAGACGAUCAAGAAGGAGAUGCAGCUCACGGAUGACGUGUUGGCGGAUCUCUUCCCGGACGAUGAGGAGUUCUCCAGCUGGCUAGAGGGUAUGACAGUGACUGGUGGCCUCAUCCAGUCACCGCUACGAAGGGUCCCUCGAUUCGACAAUUUGGCAGACGCGCUUAAUUAAUUAGCUUGUAUUGCAGCUAGUCGGACAACAAGAAAUUAAGCAACAUUUUGCAUGCACAUCUAGUCAAGUUAAUUGUUAUUACCAUCUCAUUUAUAAUAAUCAAGGUGUUUAAUUCGAGAUGCA